AUGACUUUAGAAUAUAUUAACAAGAAAAGGCCUUCGGUAAGCCCUGAAUUGGAUCCUUGUUCGAAUUCAAAUUAUAAGGAUUUUCAAGUGCUGAACACUGAACUAGAUAUCAGUGUAUCGUUUGAUAAAAAGAUAGUCCUGGGACAAGUUACUUAUAAGUUAACUGCCAAAACACCUAAUACAACAAGCAUUGUGUUGGAUACCUCAUACUUAAAGAUAAUUAAAAUUCGAAUAAAUGGUUUACCAAGUGAUAAUUACGAGCUUGUAAAAAGGAAAGAGCCAUUUGGAUCACCAUUGAAGAUUUCAUUACCAACUACAAUUAACAAAGAAUUCGAGUUGAACAUUGAGUUCUCCACUACAGAUAAAUGUACAGCAUUACAAUUCAUUGAAAAAGAAGCGACAGAUGGCCAAACCGCUCCAUAUUUGUUUUCCCAAUGUCAAGCGAUUCAUGCCAGAAGCUUAUUCCCGUGUUUUGAUACCCCAGGAAUAAAAAGUCCUUACAAUAUGAAAGUUAAGUCUCCAUAUGCAUGUCUAAUGUCUGGUAGACCAAAGGAAACCAAUGAGGAAGGAGUGUAUUGUUUUCAUCAACCUAUUCCAAUUCCGUCGUAUUUGGUGGCAUUAGCAUCUGGGGAUUUGGCAUCUGCUCCAAUAGGGCCAAGAUCAACAGUUUAUUCAGAAAGAGUAGGAUUAAGUGAUUGUCAAUGGGAAUUCGAAAAGGACAUGGAGAAUUUCAUACAAGUAGCUGAAGGUUUAAUAUUCAAGUACGAAUGGUUGAAGUUUGAUGCAUUGAUUUUACCUCUGAGCUUCCCAUAUGGUGGAAUGGAGAAUCCAAAUAUUACUUUUGCUACACCAACAUUAAUCAGCAAAGACAGGUCACAAGUUAAGGUUAUGGCGCAUGAAUUAGCCCAUUCUUGGCUGGGGAAUUUGGUUACGAAUUGUUCUUGGGAACAUUUCUGGUUAAAUGAAGGGUGGACAGUUUAUUUAGAAAGAAGAAUAAUUGGAGGAAUAGCUGCAGCAGAAGCUAAAUCAUUGGGUGAAAAAGAGGCGGCCCAAUAUGGGGAAAAAAGGAGACACUUUUCUGCUAUUGUUGGUUGGAAUUCGUUGGUUGAUUCUGUUAAAACUUUAGACCCGAAAUAUACGUCUCUAGUUUGGAAUCUCAAGGAAGGAUCAGAUCCAGAUGAUGCAUUCUCUCGUAUUCCAUACGAAAAAGGUUUCAAUUUCUUAUUCUACAUUGAACAACAAGUCGGCGGUAUCAAAGAAUUUGAUCCAUUCAUACCUUACUACUUCAAGAAAUUUCGUUAUGAAUCGUUAGAUACAUAUCAAUUCAUAGAUGUAUUAUAUGAGUUCUUUGAACCUCGUGGAAAGGCAGCAAAGUUAGAUGCCAUUGAUUGGAAGGGUUGGAUAUUUGGCGAAGGAUUGCCGCCUAAUAUUCCUCAAUUUGAUCCCAGCUUAGCUGACGAAUGUUAUAGAUUAGUUGAUAAAUGGGUCGAUUUUGCGAAAUCUAAUUCAACAGACAUUUCUGGAUUUAAUGAAUCAAGAGAUAUUGGAAAUUUCGAACCUGAUCAACAUAAGCUUUUCCUUGAAUCAUUAACAGAAAAAUUCGGGGCAUACUCCGUUUCCGAGCAGAUUAUCAGGAAGUUACCAUCAAUUUAUCCUUUCUAUGCGGCAAGCACUAAUGGAGAGAUAAAAUCAAGCUGGAAUGAAUUACUUAUUAGAUUUGGAAACUAUAACACUACGGAUCAAAUAGUCCAGGAUUUUGCAAUGUGGCUAGGAACGGUUGGUAGAAUGAAAUUUGUGAGGCCUGGUUACAAAUUAUUGCAAGCCUAUGUUAGCAAAGAAUUUGCCAUUAGCACGUUCACAAAAUUCGAGAGCAGCUAUCAUCCCAUUUGCAAGACCAUGGUCAAGAAGGAUUUGAGUCUAAUUUAG